AUGGACGUGUGGAACUGGGAUGAAGCAUCACCACAGGAAGUGCCUCCAGGGAACAAGCUGAUAGGGCUGGAAGGAGCUGAAUUUGGCUUCUAUUUCCCUGAUCUGGUGCUCCAAGGGGACAUGCCAACCGUAGAGACCAGCUGGAAAGGUACGAUCUUAUCUCUCACAGGGUUCCCACAGAUGGACUGGGACUCAGCGGUACUGAACCCAGAAGCUCCAUGGGGGGCGGAGCUGGCCACUCAGGCUCUUUCGUGUUCAGGAGCCUGGACAGACCUGGCAUGCACUGCCUCGGACCCCUGGAGUCAUGUCUCCCAGACCCUGGACCCCUCCCCUCCCUGCCUGGGCCCGGUCCCCUUUUCUAGUUCUGAAGGGGUGGCGAGCCAGACCUGUGCCACCUUGGCGGGAAAGGCCACCUCCUGGACACGCGCUCAAGCGUCCAGGAGCAGCACCCACUGGGACUGUUCGGUCCGCUCCGACGGCGCCACCUACUGGGGCAAUGGCCUGGGCGGGGAACUGCGCGCCGACUACACCAUUUCGUGGGGCGGGCCUGCGGGCUCGGACUGUACCACCUCCUGGAACCCGGGGCUCACUACCUCUUCGAAGGUGUACCAGGGUUCAGCUCCCACCGCUUCCUGCGAACCAAGCCAGCAGUCGGACCGUACCAAUUUGUCUCGUUACCCCAAAACUAACCACCGAGGUCCUAUUCAGCUGUGGCAGUUCCUUUUGGAGCUGCUCCAUGACGGGGAGCGUAGCAGCUGCAUCCGCUGGACAGGCAACAGCCGCGAGUUCCAGCUGUGCGACCCCAAAGAGGUGGCCCGGCUGUGGGGCGAACGCAAGAGGAAACCCGGCAUGAAUUACGAGAAGCUGAGCCGCGGCCUGCGCUACUACUACCGGCGCGAUAUAGUGCGCAAGAGUGGCGGACGCAAGUACACGUACCGCUUCGGGGGCUGUGUGCCCGGCCUAGCCUAUCCAGACUGCACGGGAGGCGGACCCGGAGCAGAGACACAAUAAAAAUAUCCAAUAU